CAACCCCCUGCGGAGACCAUGUCAAUUGAGACCGUGCGUUCAGCGUUAUAUGGAGUGCUUGCUCAAGUAGAGGAUGUUGUUGGUCUUCGGGAUCCAGAGUACUGGCAAAAUGUAGCGCUGGCUAGUCUGGCUCGCUGCGACCGUGCAAACAUCGCCGUACAACAAGACCCCAGAGCUCUCCUACACGCCCGUAGGAGCAUUCGUACGGAAAUAUCUGCACUUCAAGAUGUGGUGCGCACCUUUGAGAUGAAGCUGAACGCCCUCGCGACACCUACAUCCGUUCUUCCUCCGGAGUUGCUCGGAUUAUGCUUUUCCUUCCUCGCAGAGAUGGAGCCACCCGGACUGCGUUGUACACCGCAUCACACUCUCUGCCCUCUUGGACAUCCGGCGCGUCUCGGAUGGAUUCGCGUUACACAUGUCUGCCGCCACUGGCGGUACGUGGCGCUGAAUCAAUCAUCUUUAUGGCAAAAACCAGUCUUCGACCUCGGGUUAGAAUGCGCUUCCCUUAUGCUCGAACGAGCAAAACGUACUCCUUUGCGCAUUGAUCAUUUCUUUGCGGGUCGGGAAGAUCUGGACGACUCCUACGAAGAAAGGAUAUAUGAUGCGGACAUCAUUGAGGACGCAAUUUCCCAACAUAUUACCCACAUCAAGACGUUCAGCCUACGCAACGUGACGCACAGCGAACAUGCGGUGAUAUCAUCCCUAAUACAAGCUGCCCCCAUCUUAAAGUCCAUACAAAUCAGUACGGGCUCUGGAGACGAUCACUCUAGUUUCUCCUUCCCAGACAAUCUCCUCAACUACGAUGCGCCUUGUCUACAGCAGAUCAACCUGACAGGAGUCGGGGGCAACUGGGGCUGCACACUCUCCCGCUUCCAGAGUCUCGUCAGCCUCGACAUCAUCCAAAGUCUUCGUGGGCUUACUCAAUACGAAGGUCUACUCGACUGCCUCGAAGCAAACCCUGGGCUACGCACCGUCUCAUUGCGAAACGUAUUCCGAACCCCUGUCGGCCUACUAGGUUCAUCCGUAUCAUCGACCCGGUCACGCAUUCAGUUGCACAAUCUCCAGAGCCUUACGAUCCAUCACUUCCACGAGAGCUUUUCGCAGUUUUUCCGUGUGCUCGACAUGGCGGAUACCACUGAAAUAGACUUCAUCGACGUAUCUCCCUCUUCACCAACCAGCAAUUGCCUCCCAUUGUUUUCCGCCCUGUGCUCUCACUUUACACGCCGCCUCCCUUUUCGUCAGCUGGAACUCGACGUGGACAACAAUGGCAUUACCUUUUGUUCCGGAGGCGCACGACGAGAACUGGGAGAGAUUGAUGAACAGAUUGUUUAUUACGUCGCCCUUCCAGCAUAUCUAUCCAUCAAUAUAAUUUGCGAUACGACCGACCUACGUGUCCUCAAAGCUGCUCUUCACACACUUCCGUUCACCGAUACACUCGAAACCCUUGUCGUCACCCACGAAGGGCCAACAUCCGGGCUCUGGGCGUCAGAUUUCUACUCACGCUACCACCACAUACAAUACUUUCGUUUCGAGGACGAAGAGGGACUCGUGGAGCUUGCACGAACCUCAGUCGUUGACGGAACAGAAGUUGGUGUGGAAUUCUUUCCUCGCUUGACGCACCUAGAAGUGCGUUUGAUGGACUUGACGAAGCCCUCUCCCAACCUUGAAAGGGGUACAAUGACGCGUUUCGCCCUCUUGGUAAAGAUGGUACAUAGACGGAAGGAGUUAGGGUCACCCAUUAAAACACUUCGUCUCAAGGGAUGUAGGGUGCCGGAUUCUGGAAUUCAGGAGCUUGAUGAAGUCGUCGAGUGGGCAUACCCCGAGUCGGACGAAGAUGAGCCUGACUGGGAGGAAUUGGAUGAUCAGGGACUUACGUAGGCAAACCCGCACUUCUUUUCUUUAUCCUUCAAAUAUUUUAGUGGCUUAAGCGACGUGUGCGAUGCUAUACAGUGUAGGCCCACUCCUUGAUCCGCCACUUUGAAUCAAUUUGUUUUCUCGCUCCCCUUCCCAUAUUCGUUCAAAUGGCUAACCCUGAGGUUGAUAUCAUCCAUAAAGGAUUUCAGAAUAAAAUACACACGGUGCCCAAGGUGAGUGUGCAUUCUUGGGAGACCAAAAGGUGGUGUGGCACCCGAGCGCCACAAAAUAUGGGUCCUUGAUCCAACGCCGCACUGCACGGUUCCCCCUCAUAACAAUAAUGCAUGCUCAUUCAUGUAUUCAAUAUAGCCUUAAGUGUCCUGUAUCUACAAGUUUAAAGAGUGUUCUUCAAGCUGGGGGAGCUGUAGGCGGCAGUUAUGCAGUGGAUCAAGGACCGGGGUUGGAUCAAGGAGUGGGCCUACACUGUA